AGAGUUCACAUUUUGAGUACAGCUAUGCCUAUACUACACUUACAGCACAGCUCACAGAACCAAUCAAUUCACGGUCACUAUAAAAGGGGUGGAGAUAAACAAUCAACAAGUUGACUACCGGUGGACUUUCUCAAAAACUUUACCUCUUUGUAUGACCCGAGAUCGAGUCCAGACGAACUGUGUCUCUACAUUAGUGCACUAAUAACACAGCACAGGGUCCUACAACACAGCUGAUAGCUGGAACUGAUAAUUCAUCGUCGUUUGCGGGCUGGUGUCUGGAGAAAAUAUUAACACCGGGCACUGGUGCUGAGGAGCUGAAGCAACAUGGCCAACAGGCGAUCUUCACUUGCUCACUCUUCUAUUAGUACCAGCAGACAAUCUAGUCUCGCUUACAAGGGGUGUUCGGAGCCUAUGAAUGAUGCUGCAUUACAGUUCAAGCUGAGCAAGAAAGUAGCUGAGCUCACUUUGGUGGUACACAUGCUGUUUACAAGGAACCAUGAGCGAGAGGUGGAACUUGAAGCAACGAAGGAAGCUUACGAGCAAGAAAUAAACAGUAUUACGAGUUUCUUUGAGAAGGAAAUAAUGCGGUUAAAAUCAGAUCUUGAUAAAGAGAAAUGGAAAAGGCUCGAGGAGAUGGAACGGUUAACUAAGGCUGAAGAUGAGAGUACUAGGAAACUUCUAGAACGACACAACAAGAAUGUCGCGGAGUUGACAGGGGGAAAUGAAAAGUUGACAUCUGAUUACAGGAGCCUAGAGGAAAAGUAUGAUAGGGUGGUAGAGGAUCAUGAGCAAGCCAAGAGAGACCACGAUGUCUUGGCAAAAGAGCGGAUUGCCAAGGACAGGGCAAUGGAGAAGGACCACCUGAGGAUUGAAAAACUCCAGCAAAAUGCUCGAGCUAACAAGGAACUUAUGGAGAAGAUGAAGGAGAAUAUUCACAAUAUCCAGAAGAGUGUUAACCACAAGAUUUCUCAAAUGGACGCCAACAAUCGCUCAGCAAAUGAAGUCUCAGAAAAUCUUCGAGUACAAAAUGAGCAGCUCGAAGCAGAGAAUAAGGCCUUGAGAAAGAAGAUAGUAGAUCAAACUAGCCAGUUGAAAAGACUGGAGAGUAACCCACUUUUACCACCUUGUCCCACAUCUAUAAAGCCUAAACCUAAGUCGAUUGACGGCGAGAUUUCCAAAGAUGAAGAAAUAGAGCGGCUGAAACGUGAGGUACAUAAAUAUCGGCUAGAGCUGAGUAACAGGGAAGAGAACUUCAACAAAAUAUUCAGCGACAUGAACCCCGUUACGCUCAGAAACGGGGGGAUGUCGUGUGUUAAGGAGCUGAGAGAUGGUCGUACUGAAACAGCCAGGUCCACCGAGGCGGUGACAAAGAAGACGAUGUUUCCACUCAGACCAGAUGCUGUGGAACAGAAAUGUAUCAUAACAGACAGAUCUAGCUUGUCAGGCUGUGUUACCAAGAACAUGUGACGUCUUUGCAAGUUUCACAACAUUUAAUAUCGACCCUGGGCGCAAGAUUAUGAUUGAAACUAUUUAACGCUUAUUUUGACAAGUUUGACACUAUAUCUAAUGUUACAACUUAGUUUUAAGUUCAACAGCACAGUCCGAGAUCGAUCAAAAUCAUCCCACAAUCACACUUUUCGCAAUGUUUGCUGAGUGAACAAUUUUCUGAAAUUAAUGCUGAAAGUACUUGUAUCUGGACCACAAAGCUGAAAUGCGAAAUACAGAAUUUUAACUUCUUAAAGCCGAUUUGAACUAUUCUUCGACAAGAGAUGAUAUGAAGCUACUUGUACGGCUUCGCAUGCACCAUUUCCGUCGACCCUACUACGAUGAGGUGGUGGGUAGGGCAAGGUCUGAAAAAAGUUACUAAAAAGAGCAAGAAGAGACGAAUAAAAAAUACUACCAAAGCCGUGAAUGAAAUUGGUUUCCCGCUUUUACCACGGAUUAGAUUUUGUUCUUCGUUUUUCCAACUGUUCUGUGCCGGUACGAUCAACAAUAAUUCAAUCAUGCAAGUUUAUGUGGUCAAAUGUCAACAUUUUCAUGUCCAUUUGUUUCAGCAAACGUCGUGAAAUGUUACAAAAAAAGAUUUGCUGCUCAUUUGUCAUAUUUUUAU